UAGAUCAUACAGGAACAAAAAAGUGCAAAGGUGAAUGGUGAUUAGGUGAAUCAAGGUGAAUCUGAAAGAAAGUGGUGAAAGUGAAAAAUUAAAAAUUGAAAUGAAUGGAAAGCAGAAUAGUAGAAACAGGCACUCAGGCAGUAGACAGUAAAAGUAGAACAGAAGCGUGUUAUCAGAACUUUUUGAGUCUACAAUGUAAUGAUAUGAUAAUGAACUUUAGAACAUAGGAAAAGACCAAGGACAUUUCACAAGAAAUCAUCCAGAUGAUUAUGAAGACCUCUAAAUAUACCUAAACAAUGGUAGUAGAUCUUAGGUAUUCUUGAGAUAAUAGGAAAUGAAUUCACCAUGGAAUGCCUUCCUAAUGAACUUUUGAUAAAAAUUCUUGGACAUUUGGAUACAUUUGACCUAUUGCAAUUUUGUGGUGCCUAUGAACAUCUAGAUUAUUUCCUGAAAGAAAAAGAUGUUAUUCAGUAUUUAAACUUGUCUAGGAGGUUUGAACUGCAUGACUUGAACAUUACCAAAUUUAUAUCCACAAAAAUGAACCCAUCAUUUAUCAAGGUUCUGAAUAUUAAUUGUUUGUAUUGGAUCCCAGCCCAAGACUUGAAGAAGUUGUUGAGCAGACUUGAUAAUCUUGAAGAACUUCAUGCCAUAGACACAAAGCUUGGAUUAUAUGAAAGUGAUAUGAUGGGAUAUUUAAGACUGAAGAAAUUAGCUGUUUCCAUGGAAGGAAGUAUUAACUAUGAACCAUAUGAAAAUACUAAAACAACUAUUGUGUCUAAAGAAUUGAUAGCAUUGAAAUAUUUGUACUUGAAAUUGUAUCUAACAAAGAGUCAUUCUAGACCACCAUCAAUUUUCAUGAAAAAUUUCAUCUGUAAUUUAAGUCAGCUGGAAGAAUUAUGGUUAGAAGAAUGUUUUGAAUCUGUUGGUUCACCUAAUAGUAUAAAUUAUGAUUAUGAGAAAUUCCUGGUACAAUUGAAAGAUUUGAAGAAAUUGGUGAUCAGAUCAAAUGGAGUGUUACCCAUGCAUGAUUUUACUUCCUGGGGGUUCUCCAAAGUUGUUGAAUGUAAAAAGUACAUUGCUGCAUCAGACUUGAUAUUUGAAAGGUCCACAAAGAAAAGUAUGAGUUUGAAACGAUCUAUUUUUGAGCCAAAAUCUACUGCUCUGGAAAAGGCUUGGGAUGUGUUCGAGAGUCGUGGUGUCCUACCUUGUGGCCCCAAGGAGUAUAAGUUGCUGAGCAUGAAUGAAGACUUGCUGAAUAUCAAUUUUGAAGAGCUGGAUUUUUGCCAUACAAUCAUGUGGUGUAAGUCUCAACACACUGAUGCUGCCUUAGAAAUAUUGAGAUCUCCCAAUUCAAAGGGCCUGAAAAAACUUCUGUUCAGGUCUUGUUUGUUGCAAAAGAAAAAAUUGGAGCCAGAUAAGGAACAUUCUAGAGUUCUUUUCAAAAAGCCUAGGUAUGGGGUGCAAUCAGAACCUGCAGAACUCCACCCUUUUUACAAAAUUGCCGAGAAUAUAAAUAAUUUAGUGGAGCUGGAGAUAUCACUUUGUUCACAAUGCAGUGCGAUUGAUGAUAUAGCUGCCUAUAAGCUUAUUGGAGUUUUUGAAAAGCUGACGAGACUGUCACUUCAAAUUCCUCUUUUACUGGAUGGAUCAUUUUUGAAGGAGGUAUUCACAAAGUGCAAAUUUCUGGAAUCUUUGAGUCUUCAUUGUACAACAACAAAUGAAAAAUUCAUGGUGAAUCUCUGCCAGAAUAUUAGGUUUUCAACUGCCCUUAGGGAUAUCAGGUUAGACCACAAAGAAAUAAAUAUUGAAAAACUAUUGGCCAGUCUCAGUGAAAUAAACAAUAAUAAGCUGCUGAGAUUAGUCUUGAAUUGUGAUGCUUUGAGUUACUCCCGCAGUGUCUCUCAUACUGAGCCUUUCUCCGAUUUUUUCGAAAAGAAUCGUCAACUGAUACUGUUUUAUUUAGUCGCCAGCAAAGCUACCAAAAAACAUAUGUUUGAUAUUCAAAAGACCAUUCAUAAGUUUAAAGGAGUUAACCGAGGGAAGGUAUUUUAUGCCAAAACUGAAGAAACUACCCAAAUCCCAUCCGCUCACUAUGACAUGCUGUUCUCUCGAAAUAGAGUAGCUGUCGUAAAUUUUGAUGAGUUUUGAAACUAGGAAUUUGUGAUUAUUUUCAAAGGCUGAUAAUAAAAUGCAUCUAUAUGAUCCAAAUUAGUUUUAUUAUCCAGACAAGGGUGG